AUGAGGUCUCCAGUGCAGGGACGACCGCUGAUACUAUACACAGCCUCCAGUGACGUUGCCAUUGGAGCCCUAUUAGUUCAGGAAGAUGAAGAAGGCGUCGAGCAUCUGAUAUACUAUUACAGCCGAACCAUGAAGGAUGCUCAACUCAGAUACCCAAAAGCUGAAAGAGCAUGCCUGGCGUUAGCUCAUGCAAUACAAAGAUUCAGGAAUUAUUUACUCUCCAACAGAGUCGUGCUUGUAUCCAAAGCUGAUCCCAUAAAGUUUUUGCUCUCAAAACCUGCUCUGAUAGGAAGACCUGGGAAGUGGAUGCUUCAGAUGUCAGAAUUCGACAUAGUAUGUGUUUCCCCCAAAGCAAUCAAAGGUCAAGCAGUAGCAGAUUUACUGGCGGCCUUCCCAAGAGAAGAUUCCGCGACGUUACAAGAUGAUGUACCAGGAGAACUGCCAGGAAUCUCAGUCGUUAAAGAGGAAACAUGGCUGUUGUAUUUUGAUGGAUCCGCCACUCCUAGCAAUGAUACCGGAGGAGCAGGAUUAUCCUUAGCUAAACAAGCAGGAGAAAUGCAUCUGGAGAUUAGAGGAGAUUCAAAGAUGCUAGUUAAUCAAAUAAAUGGGGUGUACUCUCUCAAAGAGAUAACACUUGCUCAAUUCAGAGCUGGAGCACAGCGACUCCUGACUCAUUUCGCCGACACGACCAUCACCCAUACUGGCCGGAUCAACAACAGGCAUGCUGAUUUCUUAACAACCCUUGCCUCCAAGUUGCAAUUCGAAGGGUUAGAGAAAGCUAUCAUAGUGCAAAGACGAACUGUAUCAUCCACGUGGCUUAAUCAAACUGAAGAAGAUCAAGCAAAUGACUGGAAAGCACCUAUCAUUCAUGAACUGAGCAGCUCCAUUACAGAAGGGACAAUCAGCCUUAAAGAGAUGAAGAACUUCUUCUUGCUUCAUGGGGCCUUAUACCAUCGCAACCCCGAUGCCUCUCUAUCACGAUGCCUGGGUGAUGAAGAAGCGAAAGAGAAACUCGAAAGUGUACAUCAAGAAGUGUGUGACAGACACUGGUAA